ACGAAAAAGAAACAGCUCAUGAGGAAGCGUCUAAAGAGCUGCAAAUCCAAUCCCUUGGAGCUACGAAAGACGAAGACCAAUGUCUCCCUUGGGACUAUGAACAAUUUAAGAGGUUCACGUGCACCUUUGGACAGGACUGGCAUAAUUCGAAGCGCCAUGUUAGACAGCCUGCUCAUCCACACAUAGCUUCUGUCGAUAGGUAGUAAAAUCACCACAUGUACGGAUUAUGUUGACUCAUCCUCGAACUCUGUAUGGAUUAGAUAUUCCAGCUGGCCGUAUUCGAAACUCAGUACUUUUUCAGGCUGGGCUUAUCACGGGGCUUCUAUCCCCAAGCAUCCAAAAUGAAUCUAGCUUUAUUCCAAUUACUGCAUAUGUUGCCUAGGACGACGGCAAGCC